AAUUAUCUCCCUCAAAAACACUAUAAUAAAUAAUUGUGUGAUGUUUGAGUUGACUGAGAAUUGUUUGAGGUGCUGUGUGUUGUUUAAUUUGUCGGCAGUGUAUUGUAUUUCAAAAAUAGGAUCUUAAUUAAGACUAGAUCUACUAUACUGCAGAGAGGAGUUAUUCAAUCCAGGCUACAUGUAUUAAACUGCUGUUGGUGCAUGCAAUGCAUAGAUAGAGUGCAUGUACAUGUGUAGAAAUGCUCCAGAGCUGAGCCGCCCCCACAACACAGAGGUCAAAGUUCAUGGAUACUUUCUCUUGUUAGGGUAAUUAUGAUAAAGGCUAGUAUGGCUAGGCUAGAUAAAGGUCUAUGUAGACUCUACCAUUUAAUAUGCAUUAUGCUAUGCCAGUGACUAAUCUAGAUCCAGCUAUCUAUAUUUUGAGGAAGCAAUAUCCCUGAACAUUCCUGUACAUUUUGAUUUACUAGAAAACGAUGGCUGCACUCACACUCGACGAUUUGAUUCAGGAAACUAAAGUAACAGACGCUCAAUUGGGACUGAAAUGUACUGUAAAGCACUUGAAGGAACUUGCACCAUCUGUCGGAAACUACCCCAAAUUUGCCUCUGCAUUCAACUUGACUGGUGGUGACCUAUCUAAUAUUGAAACUGAUCUCAAAUUGUCAUACACCUCAAAAACGGAGCAAGUGUUUCUAUGGUGGAGUAAAAAUACCAAGAGUUCGACCUAUUUGACGUUUGUGGAAACAUGCCUCAACCUCAAGGAAGGCGGCUUAGCACGUGAAAUGUGCAUACUCUGUCAAGAUACAAAAGACAAGGAGCCAAUUACCUCUGAAUCUGCAUGUCUAAGUACCUCCAAGUUCCCAGUCCUGUCUACUCAAGGUCUGCUACAGAAAACGAAAUUAUCGACUAGGCAUGUAUGUGCAUUUCUGGUGGUAGUCUCCGCGAUCCUAGGCCUGUAUGUCACUGGCUUACCGGAUUGGAAUACAAUAAAACUUAUUGCAGAAGAUUCACCCUUUGCAUCUGCAAGCACCUCUCCACAAGCUUCACAGCCUCCCGAGACAGAGGGGAUGCAGAUGUUUUGUACCACUGACAAAGAGGAGCUGGAACAUGUUGACUCAGCUGAUCCCUACAAGAUCCCAACAGAUACUCAGGGUGCAUGGGUAGCACCACACCACUUGCUGUGGGAUGUGAAGCAACUUCCCGAUCUGAAAGUGUAUUUUUUGAAUCCGGAAAUUCUUGAGGAUGAGCACUGGAAAUGUGGGCAUGCGGGUCCCUUAACAGUCGACAUUAUCCUGGCUUGGGCCGCUGUCUGGAAUAGCCAUGCUGAUCACUACCCUAAAAUUUCUAAUUAUGUAGCAAAAAGGGAAAAAGCUCAUAUCCGGGUGAUAUUUAAGAAGGACAAGAAGGUGAUCUCAUCGUCAAAGGUCGGACGUUCGGCAUUAGAUGUUGACACGAAUGAGCCGACAAUGGUGCUCAACUUGUAUCGCAUGACAAAAGCUCUCCAGAGAAGCAUUGUGAUUCAUGAAUUUGGCCAUGCUCUAGGACUGUAUCAUGAGCAUCAGCGAUCCGACUUCUGGGAUGUGCUGGAAUCAAAAGACAAGGACAACCAGUAUCGAUUCAUUAUUGGGAUAGAUCAAAUGAAAACUGGAGAUGGUGGUAAUUGCAAUCCAGCUGUUGAUGCUGUGUUCAGAGAUGAUAAUGCGCCACUCGAAAGUCAAAAAUCCAGUUACGACCCAGACAGCAUUAUGCACUAUUGGUUUGACACAAACUGGUUGUUAAAGAAGUAUCGAAAGCGUUCAAGUGUGGCUAAACAUGUGGAAGAUGAGCGAGAGAGAAAGGUGUUGUUGGGAGUUCAUGACCGUGACUACCACAAUGGGCAGCUGGCAGAAAAUCCCUCCAAGCUAGACUAUGAAACAUUGAAUAGGGCUUAUGAAGUAAUAAGCGGGCAAAGGUUGCCCAUAACUACAGUUGCUGAUGGCCCUCCAGGCAUUUCCCAGAAAACAAAGCCUGAAGGAUCAUCAAUAGGAUCAUCAUCAGAAGAGUAUUCCAGCAAACACCCGAAAGUGGUAGAAACUGUGAAACAAUCAGUUGUUUUGAAUGAAACGGAUAUUUUAACAAUUUGUGAGAAGCUGAAGAGUGCUCGCAAAGAUUGGUUCGAUUUGGGAGCGGCAUUUGGACUGAAGUAUUCACGGUUGAAAGACAUUGAAGACCUAUACCCUGAUAAUAAGCGCCGCCUAAGGGAGAUGAUAAGCAAGCGUCUUGAAGGCGCUGAUUCAGAUAAUCCAGUCACAUGGCCCUACAUCUGCGAAUGUCUAAGAAGUCCUACUGUUGAGCGUAAAGAUGUAGCUAAUCAACUUGUAGCAAUAGGACUAUGUGGCUAGUAUGAAAAUGAAAUUGUGGUGCUAGUUUUAUAUAUAAUUAAUUAUAUUACCCGUUUUUCGUAUUUUUCUCUGCUUGUCAACUUUGUACUGAGUUACGUG